AUGGGACAAGACACCGACGCCCAAGGCCAUGGUGAUGGCCAUGUUGCCUUGCCCGUCCGAGGUGGCUUCCGAAGCCAUGACGAACAAAUGCACGCCCCCGAAUCUGCAGACGACGAUUUCAAUUCCUUAAUGGCCUCGUCCAUGGCCACGCUGCUCAACACCGCCUCGAGCCCCGUGUCUCCUGGCCAGUCGAGUCCUCCGCUGGACCAAGUCAAGAACUCCUUCUUUGUCCCACCAGCGAGGCCGAGCAGCACGCCCUUUCCGCUCCCCGAUAACCGCGGCACUCGCGUGUGCUGCCUCGACGACUCUGACUAUGGCACCGACAUCGAAAUGUUCAACGAGUCCAGCUCGUCCGCGACCGAGAAUACCAUGGCCCAUGCCUCACGUGCCACGCCAUUUGACGAGCUGCCAACUGAAGUCCACGAAGCCAUUCUGGACCACCUCUUUGGUUACUGCAUUUCGCCAACCUCUAGCAGUGCCAUGAGAAUAUCCAGCCUAGCCAAGUGCUGGAGCGGUGCCCAACGACACUGCCGCAGGCGAGAACUCGCUGAUUUGGCUCUGGUAAACCAAGUAUGGAGAGUUCUGGUCCAGCAGCGUCUCUACCGCCACGUCAAGCUCAAGGCCACCAUCGAAUCCAUUGAAAAUGCAAUGAUGCACCUGGCCGACAAACCGCACCUGUCAUGCCACAUCAAGCACGUCGAAGUUUGGUUCCCUGUGUUUCAGCCUACCUUUGGCCCACUCGCCCUGUCAAAUACCCUCGUCCUCCCAACCGUGACGUCCGACGGGCUCACAAAUGCCACCUAUACCCUGCCGGCAAACAACUGCACGCUGGACGAGGUCUUUCGAUUUGUAUCCCUGGCACUGCCUUGCGUGCAGGUCUUGUCUUUGGAGGGCGGCGAACGAAGAAAAGCACCCAAGGUGGUUUGCUUCCGCCACCAAGAGCACCUGCUCUCCGGACGGGCGCUGGAGCCUGUCCCGACAGUGAGGACGCUCGUGACGAGGGGGCAAUGGAAUCUGAUGAGAGAGACCGGCGACUUCCACGCCAUCCUGGGUGCUUUGCCAAAUCUAAAGGAGUGGCAGGCCUCAUACAGCAAGCCAAAAUCCAAGAGCUACAUUACCAUGUCCGAAUUCGUGCCGUCUUUACCCAUGCGCAUCACCAGUUUUAACCUGUGCCUCGAGAAUGACUACAGAAGGGAGGGUGUGAUGCCCGCAUUCUACGCCAAAGUAGCAAUGAAGACGCACAUCUGCGCCAGGAUGGCCGAGGUCACCACUCGGCUGGAGCACUUUUCAUAUACCGGCCGCGUCUGCCACCGUUUUUUUGACAUGGCUGGCCGGCUUGCAAAUCCAAUGACCACAAGGUUGAGGUCAAUUGACUUGACUGUCAAGAAUUGUUGUCGCCACUCGAGCAGCUAUCACGAUUCUGGAUCCGGAAUACAGGAAUUGGGCUUUAUCGAGGCCUUUGAACGAUUGGUUUUAUCUGCGGUGAGGUCCUUGGACAAGUUCAAAGAGGUCGAGUACCUCCGGAUCCGCUUCGUAGAUUUAGAUUCCAUCCUGCCGCCACUGAACCCAUACUUUCUCAUGGCGAACGGAGAGUGCUCAGGCGUCUGGAGUGACGCGAUUGUGGCGGAACUCUCGCGAGUUCGGCCCAGAGUCCAGUUCACCGAACUCUGCGAGAGUUUCGGCAAUAUUUCGUACAGCAAGGACGGAAGGAUGGUGAUUAUGCCCGAGUACCCACGGACACGGAUAUCCUCCUUGAAGCUUUCCAACUAUCGAUCGCUCGCAACGAGAAUCACAAUCCAGUAA